AUGAUGGUUGCUCGCGAGCCUUCAAGAUGCCUCCAAAGGGCGCUAUUACGGCCAUCACAGUCUAAUAAAUAUCAACAAUUCGGUUUCUCGAAACGCAAUGCCUCCGGACAGGCAACCCUGUCCGCGGCCCCCGUCGACGUUGAGGCUGGAUCUUCUCUGGCGACACCUGUUCCUGAAUCUGUUAUAAAAUCAUAUAACCCAAUUGCGCGAGCAAAACAGAAUAAUCUUCCUCGCAGUCGGUAUCAAUUCCGAUCUCCAAAAUACGAUCGCGGUCCUCUCCAUCCUCAUCGCCCUCCUCCACCAGCAGAUCCAUCAUCGCGACUGUUCAUCCCGGGACCUUUCUCACUGCCCCGUGUCCAACAAACAUAUGAAUCCACCGUUGCCUCCGACAUCCUCACCCUCUGCUACGUCCACCGACCACCCGGUUUCCAACCACCCGAAAAAGCACCCCGUCUUCGAUCAUGGGACGACAGUUCUCCAUACCACAAAAACCGACCAUUACGCGGCCCCCGUGGUGGAGACGUGCUACGACUUUUGCGCAAACCCAUCACAUUCCGCAACUUGCCCAAAAUUGAGCGCAUCACGAUCCAUAGUUACGUGAAGCAUGCUGCUACGGAGGGCUCCUCAUGGCUCCAUGUUGCCGGUAUGGCUGUGCAGGCUAUUUCGAAUGUGCGUGUUGAGACGUACAAGUCCAAGACCAGCGUUGGUCCUUGGGGUAUCGUUCCUGGACGAGACACCGUGGCCGUGAAGGCUGAGUUGUAUCGUGAGGAUAUGCAUCAUUUCUUAGGGAAAUUGGUGGAUGUGGUGUUGCCCAAGAUCAAGGAAUGGAAAGGUGUUAAGGGAAGCAGUGGUGACAGCAGUGGAAACAUCACUUUUGGUUUGGAGCCGGAGGAGAUGGCUCUUUUCCCAGAGAUUGAAGUCAACUAUGACAUGUACCCAGUCAAGAUGAUCCCUGGUUGCCACAUCACCCUCCACACAUCUGCAACCACUGACAAAGAUGCGAGAUUGCUCCUUAGUGCUCUCGGAAUCCCAUUCUACGGCAAGUUCGUUAACUAG